AUGAGUACCAUCCAGAACCUCAAGAACUUCAUACGUCAUGGCAAGCAGGCCCGCGUGGCUGAGCCACCCCGCGAUCAACCGACCACCAACGUCUCCAACGUCCACGCUCAACCGCAGAAAUAUCACCAUGGCGUAUCGGAACCUGCUGGCGUGCAGAGGCAUCACCAGCACCAACAGCAUCAGCAGCAGCCGCAUCCUGGCGAGUACUCUGCCGCUGCCGUCGACAAUCGAAAUGUCGCUGCGCAAGCUGGAGCUGCGGCGGCCAACCAGCAAGGCAAACAGCAAAAGGUCAACAAGUCAGAUAUCGAAGCCAUCGUUGCCGAAGAGAGGGAGAGGGCCGGACAGAUGCCCAAAUAUCCCGGCCUAGAAAGAUACAUCCUGAUCGAAAAGAUGGGCGACGGUGCCUUCAGCAACGUUUACAAGGCCAGAGAUACCCAGACACACGACGAAGUUGCCAUCAAGGUGGUGCGAAAGUUCGAAAUGAACUCGAAUCAGCGAGCAAAUAUUUUGAAAGAGGUCCAGAUCAUGCGACAACUUGAUCAUCCCAACAUUGUCCAACUGGUUGAGUUUUUUGAGUCGAGACAAUACUACUAUAUCGUCCUGGAGCUGUGCCCUGGAGGCGAGUUGUUCCAUCAAAUCGUUCGUUUGACAUAUUUCAGCGAGGACCUGAGCCGUCAUGUCAUUACCCAAGUCGCAAAAGCACUGCUGUACUUGCAUGAAGAAUGUGGUGUGGUCCAUCGUGAUAUCAAACCAGAAAACUUACUGUUUUACCCUGUCCCCUUCGUCCCCACUCGAAAUCCGAAGCCGAGAGGUCCGGAUGACGAAGACAAGGCGGACGAAGGUGAAUUUAUUCCUGGCGUUGGUGCCGGUGGCAUUGGUCAGAUCAAAAUCGCCGAUUUUGGUCUGUCCAAGGUCAUCUGGGAUUCUCAAACCAUGACGCCUUGUGGAACGGUCGGGUAUACCGCCCCGGAAAUCGUCAAAGACGAACGAUACAGCAAAUCGGUGGACAUGUGGGCACUUGGCUGUGUCCUUUACACCCUACUCUGCGGUUUCCCUCCUUUCUACGAUGAGUCCAUCCAGGUCUUGACCGAAAAGGUGGCUCGCGGGCAAUAUACCUUCCUUUCUCCAUGGUGGGAUGACAUUUCCAAGUCGGCACAAGAUUUAGUUUCUCAUCUGCUCACCGUCAACCCUGAUAAACGAUUCACCAUCGAACAGUUCUUGGCCCAUCCUUGGAUCAGAAAUGUGCAGGAACCAACGUAUGCUGCAGCCGAUGCUCCUCCUCUCGCCACUCCACUUGCAGUGAGGCAAAAGGAAUGGGGUCAGGCCGGCAACCUUCCUGCAGACAUCUACGGUAUCGGAACCCCAGGAACGCCUGGAAAACGAGCCGAUUUCCGAUCCCCUGGUGCUGUCAACUUGCGAGAAGUGUUUGACGUUGGUUAUGCUGUGCACAGGCAGGAGGAGGAAGCCAAGAGACGAAAGAACUUCAAGCAGGGAUAUCGUGGUGCCGGUAUGCCUGGGGGUUUGAACCCUCUGAAUGAGGACGAUUUUGAUGAAGACGAUGACUAUGAAGAGGAGGUGUCGAGCAAGGUUCCCAAGGCACAACAGCCAACAGAUGUUUCAAGUAUGGAAGCGAAGAUGCGAUCGACGAAUUUGGGUAAUCAACCAUCCGCAGCAGCUCAAGCUCGGGCUGCGGCGGUGGCACCUGCUCGGAAUCAACAACCCCAGCAACAAGAGAGAGGCUAUGGUCAGCACAGCGCUGCCGUUGCAGCUGCCGCCAAGCGGGACGUUGGCCGGAGAAACAAGCAGCCGUUUGAAUUGAGCCUCGACAACUCGACUUUGUUGGGCAGAAGGAACAAGCUGGGUGGCAAUGCGGCUCCCUCGAAGUUGAGAGAAGAAGUUUCCGCAAGAUAG